GAAGAGGGGUCUGGCUUCAGGCAGGGUCAAGAUGGAGCUCUUUGCCCCAAAAUGGGUUGGCAGCGGCAUGGGGGAAGCAUUUCUAGGAGGAGAGGGGGUCAGACAAAUAAGGAAGGUGGGGCUCCCCUCAUAAAUAUUGUCUGAUAUGGGGGAGGGAGUUUGGGCCAAACGCUCCUCAGCCUUCCUACAUCAAAUGCAGCAUCUUGAAUUGUGUCCAGAGACGAAAGGAGCUGACAUAGAAAUACGUGAGUACCAAAAAUGGUUUCCCAACCUUUGUUCUUCUUCUCACUCCAAGGCAGCAGGGAGAAGACACGCCUUAGGCCUUCUUUGCCACUUCCUCUGUGUGGUGAACGGAAAAGAGCCGCCAUGCAGCCAGCUGAGAGUGGAGUGUCCUUUGAAGAGGUGGCUGUGUAUUUCUCCCAGGGGGAGUGGGCCCUGCUGCGCCCAGCCCAGAGGGCUCUCUACAAGGAGGUCAUGCUGGAGAAUUUUGGGAACGUGGCCUCUCUGGGGCCUCAGAUUGCCAAACCUGACCUCAUAUCCUGGCUGGAGGGAGAGGAAGAGCUGUUUCUCCUGUUCUCUGAUGAACUGGAGGGAUUUAUAGGAGGUGAGUGGGAGUCAGCAACUAAAACAAAAGAAUAUACAGUAAUGGAAGAAGAUACAUAUCUGCAACAGAAAGAGAACGCUGAAUAUUGUAAUACAGUGAGGAAGGAAGAGGGAAAAUACCCACCAAGGAAUAGUUCCGGUCUUUUACCAGGUGACGUCUCUCAUCAAGUUCCACUACUUCAAAAACUGUACGAAGGAGGCAACUGGAAUGAGAAUUCUGCAAAUGAGGAAAAAUUUCCUGAAAAAUCAGAUGUUGAUAUUCUUUGGAACACGCAUAUCAGGAUAGAAGAGUUUAAUUGGCUGGAAUGUGGGAAAGCCUUUCAUCAGACAGACAACAUUAAUUCACAUAAAAAAAUUAACGCAAGGGAGAAGCCAUAUAAAUGCAUGGAGUGUGGGAAAACCUUCAGUCAGAGUGGGAAUCUUCAUUCCCAUCAAAGCAUUCACACACUUGAGAAACCAUAUAAAUGCAUGGAGUGUGGGAAAAGCUUCAGACAGAGAGGAACCCUUACUUCCCAUCAAAACAUUCACAGAAAAGAAAAGAAAUAUGAAUGUCUGGACUGUGGAAAAAGAUUCUGUCACAAUACAAACCUUACUUCCCAUCAAAGAAUUCACACAGGGGAGAAACCGUACAAAUGUCUGGAGUGUGGAAAAAGCUUCAGGCAGAGAGGAACCCUUACUUCCCAUCAAAACAUUCACACAGGAGAGAAACCGUAUAAAUGCCUGGAGUGUGGUAAAAGAUUUAGUCGGAGCGACAGUCUUACUUAUCAUAGAAGAAUUCACACAGGAGAGAAACCAUAUAAAUGCCUGGAGUGUGGGAAAACCUUCAGUAUGAAUGGAAAUCUUACUUCCCAUCAAAGAAUUCACACAGGGGAGAAACCAUAUAAAUGCCUGGAGUGUGGGAAAAGCUUCAGUAAGAAUGGAAAUCUUACUUCUCAUCAAAGAACUCACAUAGGACAGAAACCAUACAAAUGCCUAGAAUGUGGGAAAAGUUUCAUUCGUAAUUCACACCUUACUUCCCACCAAAGAAUUCACACAGGGGAGAAACCAUAUAAAUGCCCAGUGUGUGGGAAAAGCUUUAUACAGAAUGCACACCUUAUUUCCCAUAAAAAAAUUCACACAGGGGAAAAACCGUAUCAAUGUUUGGAGUGUGGAAAAAGCUUCAGUAACAGCAGAUACCUUACUUUCCAUCAAAGAAUUCACACAGGGGAGAGGCCAUAUAAAUGCCAGGAGUGUGGGAAAAGCUUCAAUCAUAGUUCACGUCUUAUUACCCAUCAAAGAAUUCACACAAGGGAGAAGCCAUAUAAAUGCCUGGAGAGUGGAAAAACCUUCAGUCAGAGCGAACACCUUACUUCCCAUCAAAGCAUUCACACAGGAGAGAAACCGUACAAAUGUCUAGAGUGUGGGAAAUGCUUCAGACUGAGUGGAAACCUUAAUUCCCAUGAAAGAAUUCACAGAGGGGAGAAACCAUAUAAAUGUCUAGAGUGUGGGAAAAGAUUCAGUCGCAAUGCACACCUUCAUUACCAUCAAAGAACUCACAAAAGGGAGAAACCAUAUAAAUGCCUGGAGUGUGGGAAAAACUUUAGUACGAGUGGACACCUUAAUACACAUCAAAAAAUUCACACAGGGGAGAAACCAUAUAAAUGUCUGGACUGUGGAAAAAACUUCCGUCAGAAGGCACACUUGUCUUCUCAUCAAAGCAUUCACAGAGGGUUGAAAAUGUAUAAAUGUCUGGAGUGUGGGAAACACUUUACAGUGAGUGGAAACCUUAAUUUGCAUCAAAGAAUUCACAGAGGGGAGAAACGAUAUCAAUGCCUGGAGUGUAGAAAAAGAUUCAGCCACAUUGCAGCUCUUACUUUUCAUCAAAGAAUUCACACAAGAGAGAAACCAGAUAAAUGCUUGGAGUGUGAGGGAAACUUCAGUAAGAGUGGACAUCUUUCUUCCCAUCAAAGAAUUCACACAGGGGAGAAACCAUACAAAUGCCUGGAGUGUGGAAAAAGAUUUAGUCGCAGGGCACACCUUCAUAGGCAUCAAAGAACUCACACAGGCGAGAAACCAUAUAAAUGCCAGGAGUGUGUGAAAAGCUUCAGUUGCAGUGCACAACUUCAUGACCAUCAAAGAACUCACACAGGGGAGAAACCAUAUAAAUGCCUGGAGUGUGGGAAAAGCUUCAUUCAGAGUGGACACCUUAACAGGCAUCAAAGAAUUCACACAGGGGAGAAACCAUAUAAAUGUCUGGAGUGUGGGAAAAGCUUCAGUCAGAAGGGAAACUUUACUUCCCAUCAAAGAAUUCACACAGGGAAGAAACCGUACAAAUGCCUGGAGUGUGGGAUAAGCUUCAGUGUGCGUGGAUACCUUACUUCCCAUCAAAGAAUUCACACAAGGGAGAAGAAAUACGAAUGUACGGAGUGUGGAAAAAGGUUCCGUCACAGUACAAGCCUUACUUGCCAUCAAAGAACUCACACAGGGGAGAAACCGUACAAAUGCCUGGAGUGUGGGAAAAGCUUCAGUCGGAGAGGACACCUUACUUCUCAUCAAAGUAUUCACACAGGGGAGAAACCAUAUAAAUGCCUGGAGUGUGGGAAAAGCUUCAAUCAGAGAAGAAACUUUACUUACCAUCAAAGCUUUCACACAGGGGAGAGACCAUAUAAAUGCCUGGAGUGUGGGAAAAUCUUCAAUUAUCAUUCAGACCUUACUUCCCAUGAAAGAAUUCACAAAGUGGAGAACUCAUAUCCAUGCUAAGAGUAUGGAAGAAGCUUCAGUUAGAGUGGAAGCCUUGCUUCUCAUCAAUGAACUCACAUAGAGGAGAAACCAUAGCAAUGCUCAGAAGGUGGAAAAAUGUAAUAUUAAACUAAACUGACUCAGAAAAUUGGAAAGCUGUAUGAUAAAACAGUAAAAUACACACAAUAAAGCCACUUUCCAUGAAAA